GCGAUUGUAUUGAGGUCAACUGCCACAUUAUCAAAGUUUAUUAGUAUAUUCAUAUGUCAAUAACAAACCGGUACAAACACAAGGCAGUCAAGCAUAUAAUUAUAUUUCAUGAAAGGAAGUAUAAUAUACCCCUAAACUUGUUAAAUCUAACUGUUCAGUCGCUUUAAAAUUUUGGCAGUGUGUGGAAAUUUAUACACAGUAACACAGAAUGGCUGAAAGGGGUGACUUACCAUCAUUAAAAGAUGGUUCUGAUGUGGACAUUGAGUUCCCUUGCACACCUUGCGGAGAAGACAAUAUCAGAGAAGAAGCUUUCAAAUAUUGCCCUGAAUGUCAAGAAUAUCUCUGUACAACGUGCACCAGGCAUCAUGGUCGGCAAAAGGCAACCCGAGCACAUAAACUUCUUGACAGGGAUGAUGCCAAACAGGGUCCUUUGAUUGCUAAGACGAAAUGCUAUUACCAUCCGGACCAAGAUAUUGAAAUGUAUUGUGGAACACACGAUAUGGUCUACUGUGUCAUGUGUAUAGCCACAGAACAUAGAUCAUGUGAGGGAGUAAUCAGAAUAGAAGACGAGCCAAAAUCAUGUGUUAAUCAAACUGAAAUUAAUCGCGUGUUAGAUGAAACUAGAAAUGCAACAGAUCGCAUUAUGGCUCUGAUCAUUAAACAACAGAAGAAUAAAACAUCUCUUGAAGAGCAAAGAAACAAGAUUGAAGAGAAGCUUGAGAAAGAUAAAAUACGAUUGAUAGAACAUAUCAGAAAACUAAAAAGGGAGACAUCUGAAUCUUUAGACAAAAGUUAUGCCAAGAUAAAUGGAGAAAUUGAGUCGGAAAUCAGCGUAUCUACUAACAUGAUACAAAACCUGAAGAAAACUUCUGAGCAACUGCAGUCAGUUGCUGGUAUGGACGCAGUUCAACAGUUCAUUCAGAUGAAACUGAUGAAGAAGACUGUAACUGAAGCCAACAAGUUACAUGCUGAUGUUGAGUCGAAUGGUACAAAGUCAGUCUGUUUCACAGAAAACACAGAUUUAAUAACUUCCGUGAUGAGCGCAAAUACUUUUGGAGAAGUGCGAACAGAGGCUGAAGAGAAGAAACCAUCCAAACCAAUACAAUACAAAAUGAAAUCGAAGAAAGAGGUAAAUGUGAGAAUGGCAAAUGACAAAUCAACGUGCGUAAUAUCUGAUGUUUGCCAGCUUCCUGAUGGUACGAUCUUGUUGACUGACUUCAGUAAUAACAAAGUUAAAAGACUGGACUUGAACUACAGUAUGAAGGACCAUUUUGGCCUAGAUGCUAUACCAACGGCCAUCUGUUGUAUUGGUAAGAGUCAAGUAGCUGUGAAAUUGUACAACGGCAAAAUUCUGUUUAUAUCUGUUGGCUCGACCUUGUCAAAAACGAGAUGUAUAACAAUUGUAGGUGGGAACUUGCACGGAAUGGCCUUAUAUGCUGAAGAGUUAUGGAUAUCUACAGGUGAUGGUGUUAACGUGUACAAUACUACAGGAACACUUAUUAAAUCUAUUGACAAAGAUCAGAAUGACAAGGUGAUAUUUAAUUCAGUGACUCAACAUAUGACUGCAAGUGGUAAUAACAUAAUCGUUACAGAUUGGAGUGAUGGUGCCAUCUGUAUAAACAAGGAUGCUACAGUUAUGAUGGAACUACGAGAUAAAAGACUGAAAGGCAGCUGCGGUCUCUGUGUAUCUGAUGAUGGAACCGUGUUUCUUUGCGGAUAUAACUCCAACAAUAUUGUGAUGUUCAGCAGUGAUGGGAAAUGUCUUGGAGAGUUGAUAGCUGCAGAUGCCGGCUUGAAGAAACCUAUCAGUCUGUGUUAUGAUAGUAACAAACACUGUAUAAUCACAACAUGCCAUAUGUCUGAUACUAUACAUGUUGUUGGCCUGGGUUGAUAAAAACAAUUUUGUUGUAUCAAAAAAGUAUAUCACAGAGUCUGAGAGACUUUUACAAAGGAAUGUAUAUACAUGUUUGAUUGGCACUAUUCAUGCUGUUGACUUUGAUUAAUAAAACGUUACUAUUCAUUAACCCUUACCCUGCUAUUUUUCUAUAAUGGACUGGUCCAUCUUUCAAUUUGGACAGUACUACUUAUUAUUCAAAGGGGUUUUCACUGAAAAUUUACUGACUGAAUAGCGAACUGUGCAGACCAUGAUCAGACUGCACAGAUGUGCAGGCUGAUAUUGGUCUGCACUGGUCGCAAAGGCAGAAUCAUCUGCCGCCAGCAGGCUAAGGGUUAAUUGAUGUAUUAAACAGUAUUUCACAUAAACUUAUAUCCGCUUUCAGUACAAGUUAAAUUAGGCCAAAAAAAAUUUCUUUGUUUCCAGUAACAUGCUAAAAAAAUUAAGGUAGGUAAGUCAGAAUUUUUUUUUUUUUUUUUUUGGAUUUGUUUUUUUAUUGAGACUUUCGGAAAUUAUUUUUGAGUCAAAAAAUGAAUACAAAUAAGGGGGUUAUGCCUUUAAAGCAUCAGUAAGUUGACUUCUAACAUAACUGACCAUGUUUAAAGCAGAAAAAGUGC